ACUCACAAUACUUUAUUUAUAUAUGUGCAAAUGCAUAUGUUGAAUACUAGNGUUUGGUACUAAGAUUAAUUUUUCCCCAAUUUAAAAUAUCCGAAUAUAAAACUCAAACUUUUUUUCCCUUCAUAAAUGACUGCCAUCCUCAUCGCCACUGCAGAUUGAACCAAUUUACCAGUUAUCACAUGAAUGAUAAAAAAUACCAACUUUUGCUGACAGCCCUUCAAUUUUUCACCAACACCACAACCCCAUGAGCACCCCAACUGUCAAAUUUCAAAGCCCUCAAACCUACCCUUCACAACAUUGAAUGAGAGAGCACAAAAAAGCCGUAAUCAAGAACGCCACGCAGUCGCCAAGAAACGCAGUGGGCCACCAUAACUUUGCAUUAAACUAUUUCCUUUCAGAUAUUUAAUAAUCGCAAUUUUCAGGCCACCUAAUUACGCAUGAGCGUAUUUAGGACCAACAACCACAUGCUCAGACUCAGGGUCCUCCCAUUUUACAAUUCCUGCCCUUGUCGUAAAGAUUUUAUUUGUUCUUCGUACUCGGGCUUUAGAUCCUUGAAAUCUUGUUUUUCUGUGAAUUCAUCGCAUAAAGCUCGAAUCUUUUGCUCCUCUCAUCAGUCGCUGUCUUGUUCUACUGAUACACGUAAUAAUAGCUUACUUAUGGAACUUGGCAAGACGGUUGCUACCAGAGGUUCCACAUUUCCAGAGAGUAUUGCAAUAAGAGCUGAUAAAAAAAGUUACAGUUAUCAUCAGCUGAUAUUAUCUGCUAAGAGGAUCUCCGACUUGUUAAAUGGUUCUAAUUUAAAAUCCGUAAAUGGAAUUGGAGAGAAUAAAUAUCCUAGUGGAGCUAGGAUAGGGAUUGUAGCUAGACCUUCGCCGGAAUUUGUUGCCGGAGUACUUGGAACAUGGUUCAGCGGAUGUGUUGCUGUUCCUCUUGCACUUAGCUACCCAGAGGCCGAAUUACUGCACGUCAUGAAUGAUUCGGAUAUUGCAAUGAUUUUGAGUACUGAGGAUCAUCUUGAAAUAAUGAAAGCUGUUGCGGCUAAGACUUCUUCUCUAUUAUCCCUACUUGCCCCUGUUCCAGACAUAGUGGCAAAGUCCAAUGAGAUUGAUCCCAUGAAAAAUGGAGAAACUGAUAAAAUUGAAAGUUCUCUGGAGACAAGAGGAGAUGACCCGGCAUUAAUCAUAUAUACAAGUGGCACUACGGGAAAACCGAAAGGAGUUGUGCACACACAUAAAGGUGUCUUAGCACAGCUCUUUUACUGCAGCUCUCAGUUUAAUGAUUUGGCGUGGUGCCAUGUCAAGUUCAAAUGCUUACUGAAGCAUGGGGUUACACAUCGACUGAUCAGUUCUUGCACUGCCUGCCGCUACAUCAUAUCCUCAAAAGUCUUUUGCUUCUCUAAUUCUUCUUUUUCCCUUUUUGGUUCUUUUCUGGAAUCAUAUCUGCAUUACUUGUUGUCUAACCUGAAGCUUCAAGGGUUAAGUUUUGUCAUGGCAAUAUCAAACCCGUUAAAUGGCAAGCGUAAAGGGGCUACAGUUGGCAAUCCACUUCCUGGUGUGGAGGCCAAGAUAAUUGCGGAAGAUGGUAACGCGGAGGUUGGUGAACUUUGCAUCAGAAGUCCUUCAUUGUUCAAGGAAUACUGGAAGCUUCCCGAGGUGACUAAGGGGUCAUUUAUCGAUGGUGGGUUCUUCAAGACUGGAGAUGCCGCUCGGGUAGAUGAAGAUGGAUACUAUGUCAUAUUGGGACGUACUAAUGCUGAUAUUAUGAAGGUUGGGGGAUAUAAAUUAUCUGCCCUGGAAAUCGAAGCAGUUCUUUUAGAGCAUCCAACAAUUUCCGAGUGUUGCGUGUUGGGUCUGCCCGACAAAGAUCUUGGUGAAGUUGUGUGUGCAAUAGUUGUGCCUGAUUCGGAGAUUAAGAGAAAACGAGAAAAGGAUUUGAAGCCCAUUCUAACCCUGGAAGAACUUUCAGGUUGGGCCAAAGAGAAGCUUGCCCCAUAUAAGAUACCAACCCGUCUGUUAAUAUGGGAGUCGUUGCCUCGCAAUGCCAUGGGAAAGGUGAACAAGAAGGAGCUGAAGAAAAAGCUGGCUGAUCAAGUGUAA